GAAAUAUUAAGACCGGAGUCCCUAGUUGUGCAUUGUCUCGUCAAAAUUUAGAAACAUUUCUACGUGAUGCUUUAUUGAAUAAACAAAUGAAGAUUGAGAUAUGGGCUCAAGAACAAAAAAAAGCCAACUCUUGGAAAAUAAUUCAACAAGCUUCGCCUGGGAACAUACAAGAUCUCGAAGACUUUUUGUUUUCAAAUGUUGAAAUUAGUACUUCACCUGUCGUGCUUAGCGUUAAAUUGCAAAAUUUAGGUGAUCAAAAAAUAGUUGGUGUAGCUUUUGCCGACACUACUAUUCGUGAGUUGGGCGUAUCUGAAUUUAUUGAUAAUGAGUUAUUCUCAAAUUUUGAGCUCGGCGUGAGAGAAUGUAUAAUUCAAUCAGACGAAGCUCAUAAAGAUUAUGAACUUACAAAAUUACGAGAAGUGAUCGAGAAAUGUGAUAUUGUCAUUACUGAACUUAAGAAAAGUCAUUUCAAUAUUAAGGAUAUUGAACAAGAUCUAAACCGUUUAUUGGGUGAUGAAAUAUCUGUGGUUUCUCUAUCCGAAUUUGAAAUGAAAAAUGCGAUGGCUGCUUGUGCGAGUAUUAUUAAAUAUUUGUCACUUUUGACGGACACUAGCAAUUUCGGUUAUUAUAUUUUACGACAUCAUGAUUUAUCGCAAUAUAUGAAAUUGGAUGCAUCUGCGUUAAGAGCGUUAAAUUUGAUGCCGAGUCAACAUGAUGGCCCUAAUAAAAAUACAAGUUUAUACGGCCUUUUGAAUAAGUGCAAGACUUCUCAAGGAUCAAGGAUGUUGAGUCAAUGGCUUAAACAGCCAUUGAUGAACUUAAAAGAAAUUGAGCAAAGACAAACUUUCGUGGAAAUAUUCGUGAACGACACGGAACUCCGACAAUCUUUAAGAGAAGAACACCUUAAUAGCCUGCCUGAUCUUCACCGUCUAGCUAAGCGUUUUCAAAGAGGAAAGGCUACAUUACAGGAUGUUAUACGGGUAUAUCAAGCGAUUCAAAAGUUACCUGGGCUUAUAGGCGCUUUUGAAUUAUUCAAUUCAAUGGAUGACACGUUAAGAGAUCUUAUAGAGGAAAUAUUUCUCACUAAGCUAAGGGAGCACAAUGACCAGCUUGAAAAGUUUAAGGAGUUGGUUGAAACAACAGUUGACUUUGAAGCUGCAGAGCAUCACCAUUACGUGCUCAAGGCUGAUUUUAACGAUGAACUAAAAGUAAUCAAAGAAAAACUUGACAAGACUAUGAGAGAAAUGAAUAAAGAACAUCAAAUGGUCGGAAGAAAACUCGGGUUGGAUACAGAAAAGAAACUUCAUUUUGAAAAACAAGCAACUUACGGAUAUUGUUUGCGAAUGUCCAGACUUGAAGCUAAUUGCCUUCGUGAACAACCAGAAUACAUUGAGCUCGCAACACAACGAACCGGUGUGUUUUUUACAACACGAAAGUUGAAAGAAUUAAGUUCUGAUUUUUUGAGCGAAUCAGAACAUUAUGAAGACGUACAAAGUUCUCUUGUAAAAGAGGUUAUCAACAUUUCUGCCUCUUAUUGCCCGGCAUUGGAAACUUUAAAUGUGUUAUUGGCACAUAUUGAUGUCUUGGUUACUUUUGCAGAUGUUUCUGUACGUGCACCUACGCCUUAUAUUCGACCAAAAAUGAUGGAUAAAGGUGAAGGUCAUGUUAUCUUAAAAAACGCGCGUCAUCCUUGUUUAGAAAUUCAAGAUGAUGUUUCGUUUAUUCCAAAUGAUGUCGAAUUAAUUCGAGGCCGAGGUGAAUUGCAAAUUAUCACAGGCCCAAAUAUGGGUGGCAAAUCGACAUACAUUCGACAAAUUGGUGUUAUUGCUUUGAUGGCGCAAGUUGGAUGCUUUGUUCCAUGUAUGGAAGCAAGUUUAUGCAUAUUUGAUUGUAUACUUGCUAGGGUGGGCGCUGGCGACAGUCAACUUCGAGGUGUAUCUACAUUUAUGCUGGAAAUGCUAGAAACUGCCACAAUUCUGAAGACUGCGACAGCAAAUUCUUUAAUUAUUAUUGACGAACUUGGACGAGGAACAAGCACAUAUGAUGGAUUUGGACUGGCUUGGGCCAUAUCAGAGCACAUAUCGACACAAAUACGGUGUUUUUGCUUAUUUGCGACACAUUUUCACGAACUAACUGCAUUAAGCGAAGAAGUUCCACAUGUGCGUAAUCUCCAUGUUACAGCGCACAUUGACCAGAAAGCUUGUGGAACACGCGACAUAACAUUAUUAUACAAAGUUACUGAAGGUGUUUGUGAUGAAAGCUUUGGUAUUCACGUUGCUGAAUUAGCCAAUUUUCCAGAAAUUGCCGUUAAACUUGCGAGAAGAAAAGCAAAUGAAUUGGAAGUCUUUAUGAAACAUGAAAAAGAUCAAGACGCGAAAGACAAAUGUUCAAAACAGGAAAUUGAGGAAGGAGAUAUAAUCAUUAAGGAAUUUCUUAGGGAUAUUGCCCAGACUCCCAACAUUGAAUCCAUGAACCAUAAUUCAAUAUUAGAUCGUAUUCAGGAAGUAAAAGGCAAAUAUCAAGAAAAAAUUGAGGGGAAUCCAUG